CUGGAGAUAACAACAACAACAAAAAAAUCGAAAUUGUCGAAAUGGCAGAAAACGCACUUUCUGAUAAAAAUUUACCAGAUACUUUCAAUGAAGUCUGGAAAUACUUUGACAUAUUAGAGAAAACUGAAGAAUCAACUAGUUCAGAUAAAGUACAGGGCUAUGUUUACCAUGCCUGUGAAAUGUGUAAAAAGGCCAUUAUGAUGGUGAAUAAAUUGGAACUGUUCAGCAAAAAUGAGGAAAUUGAGGAGGUGGCAUCAGGAGAAAUAAAAUAUUUAUUGCUGCCUGCCCUGAUGGGAUAUUUUCUAAUGAAGAACACAGUAAGAGACCGGCUAAAAGUGGUUACAGAAAGUAAAGAGUUUUAUACUGACUAUUUGAAAAUGUGUCGCUGCUACAGUGUUACUACAUAUGAAGUCCCAGAGAAUAAGGAGACAACGUCAGACUCCACAACAGAGGCGAGACCAGCCCAUCCUCCACAGAGACCAAGUCCAGCAGAUCUGCGGAGUAUGUCAGGACAGAGAAAUAACAAAAUUCAGAGAUACAAAGAACAGAAAGAGUUAGAGAAGAAGUUGCAUGACUUAAAAGUAACAGUAGAACAAGAGCAUGUGGACGAUGAAGUUAAGAGAGAUUACUACCUCACAUUAUUGAAGAGAUGGGUUAAUAUUUGUAUAGAUGAAUUAGACAGUAUUGAAGGAGAGAUUGGUAUAUUAGAGUUGAUGGCAAAAAGAAAGGGAGAUAAAUCACAUUCUGAACCUCCUAAGAAAGAAGAACAUAAACCAGCACCGCUCCGUCCAUUCAUCAUUACAAAAGAUAUGAUCCAGAAACAGGUUUACGGUCUAGGUUAUCCGGGUAUACCAACCAUGACUAUAGAGGAAUUCUUUGACAAAAAAGUGGAGGAAGGAACUUUACAUGCUCACACUGGAGGACACAGUAUGGAGGACUGGGCGAAGGAUCCAGAGAAAGAUAAAAUACAACAGGAGGUAGAGGAAGGAGAGAAAGAGGAAAGAGUAGAGAAAGAUGAUCCAGAUGAACUAAAGAAAGCAAGAGAUUGGGAUGAAUACAAAGAUGAUCAUAGAAGAGGAUGGGGUAAUAGGAAGAACAGACAUUGAGGCAAUGUCCACAUAGAGCUGUGAAAUCAAUAAUGUUUACACUGUGAUAAGUCUGGCAUAAACAGUGCUCUAUCAUUCUCUUAAUGUAUGCCUGAAUGUUGAACUUUCUGGAUAAUCUACCACUGAAACUGAUCUGGAGACUUGUUACUGUACCUAUAUCUAGAAAGUAGAAAAGCAUGGAAGUGUAUACUGUUAAAUCAGGAAUUUACUUGAGGGAUUUAGGUUUGCUGCAUUUACUAAUUUGCAAAAAUAAGUAGUCCUGAAAGUGCCAUUACUCAUAUGUUUCACAACUUUCCAUGUAUUGUGAAUAUUUUACCAAACACAUAAGUUCCAGUUGUGAAAGUAGCUCACUAAAAUCUGUGUGAAAAUGUCAGAUAUUAAAUUAAGAGCACCUUGUUGUAAGGCAGCCUCUUUUGAUUGUAUAAAGUACUUCAAAGUCCUCUGGUAGAAAGGACAUCUUUUGUAAAGUUAAGAAAUUAAAGUGAAUCAGUAAUUAGAAGUUGGUGGAAUAAUAGUAGAAAGAAUAGGCAUUGAGGUGUGGUCAACAUUUUGCAAAAUCAACAGUGUUUACAUUGUGAUAAAAAUAAAUUGAGUACAAAGGAGGUAAUUACUUUCCAGUGUGCUCUUUGGUUUGUGGCAGUCAUUUCUUGUACAAACACUUCAAAGUUUUACCUCUGUUUAGAAACACAUUCUUGUUGGAGUAAAUGUAGGUCUAAUUUGUUGAGUUGCGACAGAGUUUGUAUAAAGGAUAGAUACAUACAUUGUAACAGUAUAUUCAAAGCCAUGUGCUGUGAAAUCAUUAAUAUUCAUCCAGGACUAAUUUUCGUGGAUUUAAUGGCUGAGUGAAUCCACAAAAUCAAAUCCCAAAGAAUAAGUAAAAUGCAAUUCAUUUUAUACUCAGAAUUUGAAAUCCGUAAAAAAUCAUUUCUAUAUUUCUUUCAGUGGCCGGCACAUGCCAAUUUUGAAUUUUCCUGAAAGAGAAUAAAAUGAACAAAGGAACACAAUGGGGCACAGUCUUGAAACAGUCAGUGACAAAAACACCACUGGGCACAGUUAUGUCUUUUCCAUUGUAGCAGUCAAACCGAGGCAGUGCCCUACUGUGUUCCUAGAUAGUCUACUUUCCUUUUUGCCUUUUCUGGACUCGCAUGCAAAAUACGAAACACAGUCCGGUUAAUAGCCCCAAAGAUAUCAUUCCCGACACUCCAGAAUAGAUAGGAAAGUCACACUUAGAUGAAGCGCUCCCAAUAGACCACAACCAACACACAUUCACAACUGUCUUAUUGCAUUGUUUUUGGAGUAUGAGCAUUUUCUAAAGUUUCUAAAAUUUCAUACUCAGGCAUUAUAUAUAAAAAAAAGAUGUGGUAAAGUGCUAGAAGUUCUAAAACUAGAUGAUGGUAGAUGUACUGAUAUUUGUUAAAUUGACCUUUCCGAAAAUGUUAUGAAUAAACUAUAGAAAAAAGACCCAAGUAUGUUUUUAUCAUUAAAUGUCGCUGUGAACUUCAGUCAUAUACAUAUUUUGUAUUUUUAUCCAUGUUUGAAGACAGUUUUCUGUUGUAAAUAAAAUUGUACUUCUGUA